AAGGAAAAUUGCACAUUGGGAUAUCGUACUUUGUUUUUAUCGCCAUUUUGGAUGUUGAAUGAAAUGAUUCAGCUUGGAAAAGAAGAUGAAUUAAUGUCAGAUCGUAAUAUAAAUUUGAUGUCACCUUGACAGGAUAUUUCAAAAGUGUUCUUUGUACAAUAGAGUGCAAUUAGAAAGCAAGGCAUAAUGGCAAAUGCCAAAAUGAAGCCUAAAUUCAAAGCGGUUACACCUAAGUUGAAACUUUUCCGUGCGAAUGAUCCACAGCUGAGCGUUUUUAUGUGGGGAAUAAAUUAUACGAUUACAGGGUUGGAACAUGUCAAGGUACCAGUUAUGCUCAUGCCUGAUGAUUUUAAGGCCUUUAGUAAAGUGAAAGUAGACAACCACAUGUUUAAUAAAGAUAUAAUGCCUAGUCAUUAUAAGGUCAAAGAAUAUUGCCCUCUUGUGUUCAGAAAUUUACGUGAAAGAUUUGAUAUAGAUGAUCAUGAUUAUAUGAAUUCAUUGACCAACAAACAACCAGUUGAGAUUGAUUCUCCAGGGAGGAGUGGUGCCAGGAUGUUUAUGUCUCAUGAUAAAAAAUACUUUAUAAAAAGUCUAGUCACUGAGGAAGUGGAACAAAUGCAUCACAUACUUAAACAAUAUCAUCAGUACAUAGUAGAAGUUCAUGCCCAGACAUUAUUACCACAUUAUCUUGGAAUGUACAGAAUUACAGUUAAUGAUGUAGAACAUUAUUUAAUUAUUAUGAGAAAUGUAUUCAGUCCAAGGUUAACAAUUCACAAAAAAUAUGAUUUGAAGGGGUCAACUGUGGACAGACAUGCAAGUGAUAAAGAAAAGUCUAAAGACUUACCUACAUAUAAAGACAAUGAUUUUAUCCGAGAUGAAGCUGUGUUAUUCCUGGGUAAAGAUCUAAAAGAGAAACUAAUGGCAACUAUUACCAAGGAUGCAGAGUUUUUGGCAAGCUUACAUUUAAUGGACUACAGCUUAAUAGUAGGGAUACAUGACUGUGAUAAAGCUGAUAUGGAGUCUGCUGAAAUGGUGCAGAGGGCCAAGGAAGGAGAAGAGGAUAGCAACGAGGAAGAAAAUGGCUAUGAUGAUGACCAAAAUGGCAUGGGAGGGGUACCUACACCACCAGACAGUCCACAAUUAAUACAAGCACCAUUUAAUGGCGACAUUGAUAAUACUAUUGAGAGAUUUGCUAUGAAAUGCAGUGAUGAUUGUCCUAGAAGAGAGAUUUACUUCUUAGCAAUGAUUGACAUUUUGACAAAAUAUGGAGUGAAAAAGCGUACAGCACAAGCUGCAAAGACAAUGAAACAUGGUGCAAAUGCUGAAAUAUCUACAGUGAAACCUGAACAAUAUGCACGAAGAUUCUUGGACUUUGUCAGCAAGUGCAUUGAAUGACCACCUAUACCUAAACAUGUUUUAUCUUAUUGUAUACACAUAUUCAUAUAUUUAUUUGGUAAGGAUAAUGUCAGAUUACAAAACAAGGGACCAUCUGUCUAGUAAUAAGCUGAAAAACAAGAACAAAUUUUUGAAAAAAAAUGCAUUCAAUGUUUUGUGACCUUAUGUGACUGCAGUUUUUGUUUAAAUGACCUUUGAACUUACUGUCAAUUACUUUAUGUCACAUUAAAAUUUAUAAGCACAAUUUUAUCAUGGAAUUUAAGGUCACUGAUAUUUAUCUUUUAAUACAAUCUCUUGACUUAUACGUUUUCCUUUUGUUUUGUAUUUAUUUUCUGAGGAUAAAUUCAGUAAUUUGUAAUCUUGCAUUAUUCAUACAGAUAUCAUUUGCUUAUAGAUUAAACAAUUGAUUUUUUUAUCAUGGAAAUUUCAACUGAAUAACUGAAGACAGAUUUAUAUAGGUAUACACAGUUGUUGUAAUAUGAUAUUGUUCUUCAAAUGAUUUUUUAUGAAUCCCUAAAAUAAAAAUUAUAAAUUUGACAAUUGAUGAUGGCAAAUAUUAAAUGUAUUAUUUAGCAUACUAAUUAUGUGAGAUUGUCCCACAAUAAUGGAUGCUUAUAUGGUACAAACCUUUUAAAUAAUCAUCUCUCAUAUGCAAAUGACCACCAGGACUUCAUGAUAACUUCAUAAUCAAUGUUUUUGUAGUGCCUUUCCUGCAUAAGGUGUAUGUUGAAAUUUGCAUUCAAAGCUCUUGAGUUUGUUUAAAAGGGAUUAUUUUGCAAUGUACAAGUUUCAGUUGAAAUUUCUAUUGUAUUUUGUGUGAUUAUUACCAAGACAGAGGAAAACAUAAGACCCAUGUAUCAUUAAAAAACAUAAGACCCAUGUAUCAUUAAAAAACAUAAGACCCAUGUAUCAAUAAAAAAAAAUAGAAAGAGAGAAACAGGGUUUACAUAAAUAGAUAGAUAAUAAAUAUAUAUUGUUAUAGACAAUUAAAAAAUGGAGAUUAUAAUUUAUUCAAUUUAUUCUUUGAAAAUUCUUUGAGGUGAAACAUGUUAAUUGCUUUAAACUUGGUCCAGUGUGGUAUCUCAUACUUCUCAAGUUCUAAAAAAAAGUUUACUCUAAUUAAAUUUUAGCUUCUAUAUAGCAUAUUGAAUCCAUUGUCUGUCUUUAGAAAUUUGGAAGAAAUCCACAUGACCGCUAUACCUAAACUUUCAUCAAGAAGACCUAUUUUCUUUCUUUUCAUUCUUUAGCUUUGCUUUAUUGUGAUUAUGGUCAGUAAAUCCAUAUUUGAAAUUAAAGCUAGAAAUAGGGGCCAUAUUGAGGCAUUAUCGUAACCUAAAUUUGACCUAUGGUACUCUAUAAAGAGUUAAAUACCUGUUUGGUAUAGAAGCAUUCAGACAAGUACCUGAUUUUAAUACUGUAAAUUCAGAAAUUAUUGCGUGCAUUUAUUAUUGCGAUUUUGUUAUUUUAGACUUAAAUGCUAUUUUAAUGUUUACGAUUUUGAGAAAUCCUAUUAAAUUCAUAUAAAAUAAUUCAAAAUGCGAGUUUAAAUUAUUGCGUUUACAACUCGGUCGCAGUUUUCGCAAUAAUAAAAACCUCGCAUUAAUUUCAGAAUUUACAGUAAAUAAUUUCAAACUCAGUAUCUUUUGAUAUUUAAAAGAGGACACAAGGAUUGGAAAGAAAAUUUAUGAAGUAAUGAAUUAGUUUUUCCUUUGUAUUUAAAACAGAUGACUAAACCAUAGUGUUGCCACUAAAUACUUGUGUAUAGUUUGUACAUAUUUGUCCUGCUUUUAGUUUUCCAGGUGUAUGUUGUAAUUGCAUACAUUUCUUAUCUCUGUGAUUUAACAAAUGGUAUGGCUUCCCAUAGCUGAUUAAACACUCUGCUUUCAAAAUUUGUCUCCAUCUGUCAUCUAUAAUUCUUUUACCACAGUUUUUAAUAAAACUUUCAAAAUAUUUAUAUCCUAAUGACAUUGUGUAUCUCAUUUUUUUUCUAAACUGUUUUUUAAGAAGUGUAUCGUUUAAAAUUAUGUACUCUGUCAAUUUGACAUAUGAGAGAUAGUCAUCCCAAAUAACAAGUCACAAACCGGUUAAUUAAGUUCAGGGUUAGACAUCUUCCACGAAAAGAAUUUCUUUCUAUGGUAUACAUUGUAUUCACAGUUGAAUGAGAUAAGGGUUUAUUUUGAAUUAUUGCUCAUAUCUUGCUCUUUUGUACUCCAUAGUCCAUAUACAUCUGGUUAUUUUCCUUGUAUUAUUUAGAUAGAUAAAUUGUUAUUGAGCUUCCUUUUUGAUGUAGCAUUGCAAUGUUUGGAAGUUCAAAUACCAAUUUACACUGGUCAGUAGCAAUGGCUGCUACAAUUUUGUUUGAGAUUCCAUAGUAGAAAGGAAGUCAUAAAAAACAGGGUAUACAUUACAUACAUUUUGGAAUUUAUAUUGUUCAUUCUUUAAAGCUAUUUGUCAUGAGUAAAUAGAAAAUAAAUUUUAGUAUUAUAAAUGCCUUUACAUAUAUUUAUAUAUGUUUAUUUAUGAAUAAAAUUGGGGUUAUCUAAAUUAUAAAUUAUAAAUCUAUACAUGUAAUAUAUCUAUAUAUUUUUCCGUUUAUAAUUAUUGGAGGUUUUUCAGAUUAAUAUAACAGAACAAAAUUAUUCAAAUAGGAACUUCAUUAACAGGAUUUUUAUUUUAAAUUUUAUAAAAUAUCAUUGCAACUCAUAAGUUUAUCAGGAACUCUUUUUCAAGGUAACAAUUAAAAUAAUAUGAUAAAUAAACACAAAUAAUAAGUAAGAAGUUUUUUAUUUAUCUUAUUGUUAGUUAUUGGGGGCCAUAUUUAGAAACUUAAGGACGAAGACAACAGAGACUAGACUGUACAAAAUAUACAAAUGUGGUGCCUUGGAGUAUCUUUUUGUUUUGUUUACUUGUUAAUUAUUCCAUGAUUAAAUGUUAUUUAUUACCCAGUUUAUCAUUAACACAAUCAAAAUCUGUAGUUAUAGAUUAGUACAUUCCUGUCUAUGUGGUAUUUUUUGUUUGUAGUCUCUUAUAGUUGGAUAUAAGAAUUGUAAAGUAGUUUUUUUUCAAAUAAAUAGGUUAGAUGUAGAUGGGCAUUAAAGGUGCAAAAUUUAACUUCAGUACUUUUUCAAAAGAUGAAAUGAAUAUUUUAUGAUUAAAAUUAAAGAUUAAUAAAUAUAAUGUUCAAAGCAAAAAAGUACAAAGGUAUAUAUGUAUUUAACAAGAUUUUACCAAAGCAUGUUCAGUUCACCCGUUCAUAUCAACCAUUCUUAUAGAGUAGCGGAUGCAGCAAGGUACAAACGCUUAAACUUUAUUUUAAUCAUAGGUAAUUAUUGCAAACUUUCAUUUUUGGGAUUUUAUUUUAAGAUAAAGUAGGAGUAUAGCUUUUGAAUGACAGUGUUUUGCACCAUUGGAACUGAUCAAUAUCCUUCAAUAUUAAAUAUUUUCACAUGAAAAUAUUAUAGAAAUUUCGUUUUGUACAUGUAACUUGAAAGCUAGAGUCUACAGAUAGUAAAAUUAAGUGCAUUUUAUUAAAAAAAAACUAAAACCAAGAAGCAUUUACUAAUUGUCAGUAAUUAUCUAGGAAAAUGAACUAACAUUUCUGAUAAACAAACAGAAGCAAGUACAAGGUAAAAGAAUAAUGUGAAAGUGGAAGUUUCGAGUUGUUCCAUUAACCCAUCUUAAGCCCAAGAAAAUUUAUUUCAUAUUGAUUCAGUGGAGAUUGCAUAGGAAAUUCAAUUCAGUACUCUUAGGGGAACAGCUAUGUCUUGUUGAGUUUUAAACAUACAUCUGAAUACCCGGUAAGGAUGCAGACAGUGGGACACACACAAAUCCAGUACACCCUAUUUAAUUUUGUUUAUAUGUUUAUGUGUAUAUUGUAAAACCUAGUUUUUGUCUCAUUAUGUUUAAUAGUGCUGUUAUAUUAUUAAGUUCUUAAUGUAUUGUUCAUUGUUGAUAAAAUAUAUAUAUAAACUUAAAUUUUAUUUAUGAGCUAAAAAUUUGCUUAUUAGUAAAUAGCAUUUGAAAUAAUUCUCUUUACUGAUUUCAUAUUUGUUAUAUACUUGUACAUGUUAUAAUUCAUUUUUGUAUUUAUAAAAUUUUCUUUUUACUGUUUGUAUUUAAUUUCAAAAGAUGGUUCAUAACAUAGAUAAAAGCUCUACUAAUUAAUCUGAAGCUAAUUUCAAAAAUGUAGUUUUUUUUUUUAAUUGCAAGAAAGCUGAAAGAAAUUAAUAAAAAAAAAUCAUUAACCUUUGUAAGUACUAAUUUUAAAGUAGCUAAAACCAAGCAUGAUGUUUGUUGAUUUAUUUCAAGAAAGUCACUGUCCAUGUUAAAGAAUCAUUGCUUUGCCAAGUUUUAUAUAAAAUCAUUUACAUAUGAUCAUAUUUCUAUAUGUUUUUUGUAUCUACUCGAAAUCAAACAAUGCAAUUGUUAAUAUUUGAAAUCCUUUGUUUGUCUUUUAUAUGAAGGAAUAGAUUUAUGCGAACAAACUAGUCUUAGAGGUCUGAAAAUUUCAUUAAAUAAUACAAUAUUUGGUAAAACAUGAAAACUUUGUUAGUUUUUCAUAGAUGCAGAAAUCAUCAAAGUCAUAAAUUGUUAUUACUUUCUUAUUGAUUUAGGAAAACAUAUAUCUCUAUGUAAGUAAAUAAGUUGCUGUUAUAUAUUGUUAAAACAAUAGUUGACAGGCUGCUUCAUUGCUACUGACUUAUAACAGAGUAUCCAAGUUGUAUGUACUUUAUUGUUAUUUACAGAUUAUCAGGAGACAAUUUCACAAAAAUACUUACGACUAAGAUUUAUAAGUCAUGAACAACUCAGUAUACUUACAAUCAAUCUUAGUCCUAAGUUUUUUGUAAAAUCGUCACCAGAUAUUAGCCUUGAGAACCUGUGUCUAUGUAACUGUCAUGUGAUUAUACAGUAUAAUGAAUCAUACCGGUAUUUCUCUGAUAACAAUUUGUCUAAUUAGUGUUUUCUACAUGAAAGAAAGAUGGCCUUUACCAUAUAGUUAUCACUCCCCAUCAUUAGUUUAUUGUUUUCACAUUUUUAGGAUAUGGUUAAAGAUAUUGAAAUUAUUUUUAGUGUUUAGUUAUGUAAUAAGGAUAAUUUGUCACAAACAGACAAAAGUAGGAAUAAAGAUCAACCUUUACCCCAAAGUGAAUGUUAUCCACCAGGUUUUUUUUCUGUGUGGAUUAUUUUUAUUGUUUCAACUCUUUCCACUCUUUCUUUUUUUUUUUUUUAUAAAUAUUAUUGAGAUUUGUUCUGGUUUAAGCCUGUGAUAUAAACUCAGUCACUGCUCUGGAGCAGAAAGGGAAGAAAAAAAUCAUUUGAUCAACUUUCAGUGCACACCUUCACUUCACAUUUUUAAUUUAAAUACACAAUACAUGAUGGUAUUCCAAUUAAGUCUGUCAACCAAGUUCAACUAAUGUGUCCCAGGUUAGGUUUAACAUAUAUUUUUUUUAUGCUAUCCCACAAUGUAUUUCUUUAACAUAUUCUUGUAUAAAUACAAUCACACAGUUUCCCCUUCUUUCUCUUUUAAAAAAUCAACUAUUUAUUAAGAAUGUCUUGAUUUCAUAAAAGGUCACACUCUAUAUGCAUGUCAGAAUGAAUUUAUAUUCUAUUUUCACAUGGAACCACAAGUGAAAGCUAUUUUUAGGUAGUAUAUGACCCAUGUACACAAGUUGUGUUUGUUACAGCCAAGUAGAAAUUUAGAUCUCGUAUUGUGUUCCAAUUUAUUUCAAUGGUUUUAUAGCCCUUGAACUUUCUGGAUAGGUUCUGUACAUAUCCUUUUUAAAAGAUAAUAAUUGAGAUUAUUCGGCAGUGUGAUUUUUGAAGGAAUUGUUUACCUAGGACUUUAAAAUUUUCAUAAAUCUUGUAUUUUCUCACACUUUUAUUUUAAAUAGAUAAAGAGCAUAUUUAAAAAGAUAAGUUAUUUUUAUGUGUAGUUCUAUUACAAAAACCAAUGUUAAGUGUUAUUUUACGUAUGUCCAAUCCAGUUUUAUUUUUCAAAAUAGUGCCUAAAUAUAGACAUUUCCACAAAGUAAUUUAAUACAGUAUUAAAACAAAAACCUGUUGGUGGGGGGGACAUGUUGUGAUAACAGAGUGAUGGCUUAUUGGAAUAACACCAGCUUAUUUCAUGAUUGAAAACAAAUAUUGUGUGGUAUCUAAUAUUUAUGUAUAUGUUGUUUGUAUAACUAAACCUACAUGUUUUUAAAUGCAUGAACAUAAUAUAACUCUGUUGUUAAAAUACAAGUAUUAUGCAUGGUUAAUUUAGGCCUAAUUUAUAGUAUCAUUCCAUUCUUUAUCAUAUUGCUUAAUACAUCACAAUAGACGGCAAACUAUAAAGAAAACACAGUAAUAUAAUUGACAUUUAUUGUGAUAUUGGCUAUAUUUUAAUUAGUAUUGGACCAUAUUUAUUUUGACUGCUGCCGAGUCAGUGUUUAUGUAUGUUGAUGUCUACCAUGAGAUACUAAAUCUUAUCAAAUAAAUCUAUCAUUCAA